UAAAUACCCAUCUGCGCCCUAGGUGCACGGACAUCGUCUCCUCUGCAUCCUCCUCCUAGCCUGCUCCUUGGUGCCCUAAAUAAUGGGUAGACUCCUCGCCAGCCUACUGUGCUUUCUACUGGUUGCAUCCGUGGAGCAUGCAGCUGGGGCUCCGACUCCGGAGCAGUACUGGAAGUCUGCUCUUCCCGACACUCCCAUGCCAAGCUCCCUCUCUCAGCUCCUGAACACCUCGUCGGCGAGCGUCGGCGAGCAUCGGAAGCCCCGGGGAAUCGCGGUCGGCAUUUGGGCGUUCCACUAUUUCGACCAUUACGACGCAACGGAGACGCACUUGCUGCACAUGACCGACGAUCCCGCCGCCGCGCUCUUCUUCCUGGAGAAGGACCUGCGGAUGCACACCAGCCGGAGGAAGCUGACCAAGGUCCUCCAUUUCAUGGCCACCUCGGGCGCUGGAGAGCGGUUUUUACCGCGAAGCGAGGCCGGCGCCAUCCCGUUCUCCUCGGGCGAGGUCCCUGAGAUCCUCAGCCGCUUCUCCGUGAUGCCGGACUCGGUGGAGGCGGCGGAGAUGGCGCGGACGCUGCAUGUCUGCGAGGCUCCGGCUGCCGAGGGCGAGAAGAAGUGGUGCGCCACGUCGCUGGAGUCCAUGGUCGACUUCACCACGUCCAGCCUCGGGACCAGCCACGUGAGGGCCGUGUCCACCGUCGUCGGCAAGGAGGGAACGCCGAGUCAGGAGUACACCCUGACCGGCGUGAAGCGCGCCGGUACUGACCAGCUCGUGGUUUGCCACGCGGAGCCGUACGCGUACGCCGUGUUCGCGUGCCACCUGACGCGGGCGACGAGAGCCUACACAUUGUCGAUGGUCGGCGAGGACGGCACGGCGGUGGAGGCCGUCGCGGUGUGCCACGCCGACACGGCCGGCUGGAACCCGAGGCACAUCGCGUUCCAGGUGCUCAAUGUAAAGCCCGGCACGGUGCCGGUGUGCCACUUGGUGCCGCAGGACCACGUCGUCUGGACCCGCAGCCUUACGUUUGCUAGCUAUUUGUAUGUCUGAGUCUGAGUUGGUUUCAUUCUAGCCUCGCUCUGUGCCGAUACACACUGAUACUAGUAAAGAGAGUGAGAAAUA